AUGGACGCCUGUGCUUGGCAACCCAACACCCUAGACGACGACUCAACGUUGAACAAACGACUGUUCCCGGAGCCCUUCUCCGAUUUCACUGAAGUUUGUGCAGGAAUUCCAGCUGAAGAUACGAUUUUAUUCGAUGGCGACGCUCCUCUGAGGCUCAGAUCUUCCGAAGUCGAGAGCGGGACCCAAGAAAUCAACAAGCAUCAUCUAACCAACAUUUCUUCUCUUGGAGCCAUCCGCAAUUCCGUCCUCACUAUCUAUCAUCUUCCCACGGAGAUUCUGUCGUACAUCCUGCUUACCACAGGUCGGGCAUGGGCCUCGACGAAGGCCAUCAGGAUGCUGCACGUCUGUCGACAUUGGCGGUCCAUCCUCAUGCAAACCUCCGAGUUCUGGGCAGACAUGCUCGCCUUGCGUGGGACCGCAUUCACAAACAACAAACGCGAACUCGUAAAUAUUCUUCUCGCCCGCUCUGGAUGCCAGCCUCUUCGAUUGACCUAUCCCCCUCGAGAGUUCAUCUUUGGGGUGCCGAAUCUGGCUGUCGCGCCGACUCUUGCGGCGCAUUUGCACCGGGUAACCGAUCUCCUCUUGAGCAACGGGUUGUCUACCAGCGAUAUCCAAUCGCUCGCGGACGGGCGUUUUUCGGGCCUCAACACCCUGGAUCUGACUUACGCCUGGAUGUGUUCUGGAAACCGAGUCCCGUCCCUCACGCGCGAGGACCAAUGCGCAGUGGAAACCGCUUUCCCUCGUCUCCGACACCUUACCAUCCCAUCCAUGCUCUUCCCCUACUUCUCAGUUCAGUCAGUGCAGCAGCUUUAUAUUCGUAAACCUUUGUGCGGCAAAGGACCUCGACCUCAAGAUAUCCUCGACGGCCUCACUCGCUGCUCAGAGCCGCUCCGCUCCCUGAACAUUGACCAAUGUGUUCUACCCGAUAAAUGGCCAUCUUGCACGGUCCCAUUCCCUGUCCUCACCGAACUCACAUUGGAAGAUUCGUCCUCGGAGAGAAUCGCGUCCUUUCUGAGGCUCGCUUGUCUUCCUCCUACGACACACAUCGCCAUCCAUUGCCCGCAGCCGGACUAUAUCACCCCCGCGCACGAGCGGCUCCGACAUCUUCUCCCAGAGAGCAUCAGCGCGACCUUCGUGGACGCCGCCGACGAGCUGCGCAUCCACCACCGCGCAGCGUCCGAGCCUGCCGUCCAAUGGGUCUCUCCGGCCCGGUGGUGGUACGAGGUGGGCAUACAGACGUACCAGGGAGCCCGCGAGCUCCUGGCAGUCACGUUCGCCAGCCUCAUCGCAACGGAGGUGGCGCCAGAUCGCCCGAGGCCCGUAACGUACCUUCCCCGUUUGUUCUCCGGGGUCCACUCGAUUACGACGCUCCGCCUCGACCACUACGUCGCGGGGCCCGGCGAUUCUCCAGCGAUUUUCAAGUUGGUCGACGCGCUCCCCCUGCUGGCCACGUUCCCCCGCUUGGUCUGCCUCAGCCUUGGACCGCCGCGAGGCGACGUGCAGUACGAACGCUUCAUCCGAGCGCUCGCAGCCACAGAGCCGUCUUCCGGUGGCCUAGUCUGUCCCGCUCUGGAGGAGCUGGCUGUGGUGAGGGAUGGACACGAUGCCAAGUUAGACAUCGAAAUCGAGGCGGCUCGUGGUGGACCGGCGGCUUGCAUAGCAGCUGCACUAGAAGAGCGCCAGAAACGCUUAGGACGUCCGCUCCGGUCUUUCGUGGUGUCCUUGCUUCCCCUGGGUAACGCAUGCUGUCCCGUGCCGGCAGACGUCAGUCAAAGAAAGCGGCCAUGCGAGUACGACGAGAAGUUGCUGGAGAAGGUGCGGGUCCUCUACACGGGGCGUUUGUCCAACUGCGUGGAGAAUAUCAGCGCGGCGUGGUUCCGCCCCUGA